AUGGUAGCUAAGGUGGACCAACUUGCGGCAAGUGCCGACCCGACAUUGAAGACGGACGCUUCGACUGGUCAGAUUAAGAAGAAAACUACCAAGUCGAGGAAUGGCUGUAUUACUUGCAAACAAAGGAGAACGAAAUGUGACGAGACCAAACCGACCUGCUUGAAGUGUGCUAAAAAGAAUAUCGAGUGCGGAGGGUACCCGUCGAGCUAUAAAUGGGUGAACCCCGAGUUUCCUCCAUCGGUGCCUGUUAAAAGGCCAGGAUUCUCUCAUGUCAAGUCGCUAGCUCCUCUGGCGAGUAAAGAUGUCCUGAUAAAAGCAGCUUUAGAGGAUGCGGCGCUUUCUGUUGUUGGUAGGCCUCUCAAAGAGCUCAGUAGCGAGAAAGCGCACAGACUUCCGGUGACAAAGAAGUUGCGCCGAAGCUGGAGUCUAUCUGAUGUGGAUAAUGGAGUAAGUCAAUCGCCGCAGAGAUCCAAUAACAGUUUAGUUGAGUUCAGAUCUCGAAUCAAAAGUGACUGCUCUCCAAGUAAUAUGCUGGACGUCUCUAUAGCUUCACAAAGUGUCUUAAUGGCACCGAGCUCGUCUGACCAAAUGUCCUCGGUCAUUUCAGAAGGCUACCGCGAGAAUGAUUCGGCUUCUUCGAUAAGUGAUACGCCUUAUAACAAGGAUUCCAUGGCUGACCUCAACCUAACGCCGUCUUUGUCUGCUCUUAUGCAUCAAAUAUUCACUCCUUCUGUUGGGAAGUCUGGAUUCAAUGCCAUGGAACCUUACGCUGAUCCCUCAUUUAGCCCAUUAGAGCUUAAUGGCCCUUCAAUGGAAGAUCUACAAUAUGUCAAAAAUGAUGUAACAGCUAGGGAAGUUGCAUCUUACUCCAAGCCGGAUACAUCUAUUGCAAUUAAUAUCGGACUAACAUCUUCUGAUCAGAGUUUGAUACAAUCCUCCGAGCAAGACCAUAUAUUGGGAUUAUACACAACUCAUACGUCUGGCAUUUUGUCUAUUAAAUGUGGCGAAAAGGAGAAUCCAUGGAAUAUUUUAUAUGUACCUUUGGCCAGAGAAUACAGUUUCGUAUUCAAUUCUAUCGCAUCAAUGACGCUAUUUCAUCUCGCUGGUAACACGAAGAUACCUUCUGAACGAGGAAACUUGAGAUCUAAGGGUUGCUAUUACAUGAAGAAAUGUAUUUUGGAACUUGCGUCCGGACUUAAAAGUGUUGAAGAAGAAGCUGACGAAUCUUCUUUACCUCCAGAUGUCGCCCUAAUGACUUGCUUGAACUUAGCCAUAAGCGAAUCUUGGGAUACACAUACUUCAAGUGGAAUUGCGCAUUUGAAAGGAGCAAGAAGUCUAAUCCAUAAAGUCUUGUCCCUCAUUAAAGACUACAUGGCCAAAAGAGAUCUGACUUCCACCAUUGUUGACUCUCUGAUCAAGACAAAACUCAAACUUGUCGACGAGCAUGAAUGGAAACAUAUAGAGGAGGGAUCAUCUUCGACAAGGUCCAGCAAUGCGCUGCAGCACGACUUUAUUGUCCCUAAAAACCUUCAAUUGGUCUUCAACAAGUGGAUUUAUCUACAUGUACUUUCUCAAAUGACAGUUCAGUCUGGCCAGGACGAACGCGGUAUCGAUCUUGUUGCGACUAUUACUUCGAUCAUUCAUUCUACUCAUGAGAAGAAAAUCAAAAAGGAACAAGAUCUGUUGAUGGAGAAGAAAGACUCGCCAACCUAUUCUGAGACGGGACUGAGCUCGAGCAGUAAUAUGGGAGGAUUCUUUGAAGACUUCAACUGUGCUUUCCUGAACAGCGACCUUAUUGAUCCGCUCUUAGGAUGUGCCCAAUCCCUUUUUCUGAUCAUGGGAAAAGUUGCAAGUUUGAUAUCUCAAGUCAGAAAGGAGAAAGAAAAGCUGCUGAAGUCUGCGAGAAACUCGCUCAACAAUAUCGCCAAGGCCUCUGAGCUUCGACAGAAGCUUUUGUCUUGGAAACCAGAAAUCUCAAUGGGUGGAUUUGGAAUGGAUAGCUUGGGAACCGGUGGAGAAUCGUGGGAUGUCAAUUCUUGUAUCACCACAGCCGAGGCAUACAGAACUGCUACACUCUUAUAUUUACAUCAAGCUGUUCCAGAGAUUCCGCUGGCGCCAUCUCAUCAAUUGGCAGAGAAAAUCUUCGUUCUUCUAGCAACCGUUCCUACCUCAUCCAACCUUCAUAUCAUCCAUAUCUUCCCAUUAUUGGUAAGUUCUUGUGAGGCCAGUCCGGGAGAAGAACGCCGCUGGUGCGAAACCCGCUGGGCAUUCCUUUCUGAAAAGCUUUGGAUUGGCAAUGUAGACCGUGCUUUCGAAGUCGUCAAAGAGGUCUGGAGAAGAAAAGAUGAAAGCUCGAGAAAGAAAAGAAGAGAGCUAGAAGAGUCCACCAUAACGGUCCUGCGAGUAUGUGAUGAUCUGCACAGACUAGCCACCGAAAUCAACGGUCUCAUGGCUACCCAGCCCGACGCAGACUCUGAGCAAGGCAUCUGCAGCCGGAACCACUGGAACUCUGUCAUGAAGGAAUGGGAAUGGGAAGUGUUCCUUGGAUAA